GCGUAAAUAAUCCACAAACGACGCAUCGCCACGUUUAUAUUGUAUAUAUAUACCUAUAUUUUUAUAUAAAGUUUACAUGAGUUGUGCGGUGCGGUGUGGCGCGAUCCUCGAAGGGAUCAGCUGUUAUCGGCGCAUGUGCAGCUGGCGCGACAGGAGCCCCACCGGCCGCCAUUGACUGACGCGGUCCGAGCGGCGCACCCCAUUGUUCGCUUUGACGCAUUUCUGCUAAAGUUUCGUGUGCCGAUGGACGCGUCCGUGCGAGCGGUGUAAUCACGCACUAGUGGGAACAUUGUUUAUUACCGGUGCAUAGCUAGUCGUUGCGUCCUACUGGGCUAAUCGCCAGCAUGGACGCGAUACUGGCAGCGCUCGUCGCUCUUAUGGCACUGGCAGCCGCGAUGGCCGCCGUGCUCAGCACGCUCUCAAAAGCGGCAAUAUUUGCCAUACUCGCGAUCGCUCCGUGUAUCUACCGCUACAGACGUGGAAUUUAUGUGAUAUUCAAAACUUUGCCGAGGGAUACCAAAUUUCUAUGGCGCUAUGCGAAUGGCAUGAUUCGUUCGAAGCGGUGGGGCAGGCAGGAUGCUACCGUCGCCCAGCUGUUUACGCGCCGUGCUCUCAAGUAUCCCAACGCGCCAUGUUUCAUCGUUGUUGGAGAUCGCACAUGGACCUUCGGGGAGAUGGCGGCAAAAUCGAAUCAAGUUUCAAGAGUUAUGCAGGAGCAGUUAGGGCUGAAGCGAGGUGAUGUAGUGUGCGUGUUUAUGCCCAACUGCGCCGAGUACGUGUGGACAUGGCUCGGCAUGGCGAAGGUGGGCGCUGUGUCCGCGCUCAUCAACAGCAACCUGAGGCACAAGCCCCUGCUGCACUGCGUACAAGUAGCUAAAGCGAAAGCGGUCAUCUAUUCCGAUCAACUCUCUGAAGCCAUCGAAGAGAUCCGCUCGCAACUCUCUCCAGAUCUGAAGCUGUUCCAAUUGUAUGGACAAUGCAAGCCUGGUGUUAUAGAUCUUGGUGCUGAAAUGGAGAAACAUCCCCCCGAAUAUCCGAUUGUAACCGAAAAGCUACAUUAUAAAGACACGCUGCUGUACAUAUACACAUCUGGAACUACUGGAAUGCCCAAAGCAGCUGUAUUACCAAAUUCUAAGUACCUGUUGGUAGUGGUGGCUACCGUCCACUUGUUAGGCCUCAAGUCCUCAGACCGAAUGUACAACGCUCUACCCCUGUACCACACGGCCGGCGGGCUGGUGGGCACCGGGGCGGCCCUCGUUGACGGCAUACCGUCGGUGUUGCGUGCCAAGUUCUCCGCCUCUAAUUAUUGGACGGACUGCAUCAAAUAUGAAUGCACGGUGGCACAAUACAUCGGCGAAAUGUGCCGGUACCUGCUGGCGCAGCCGCUGCGCCCCACCGACGCUCUACACCGGGUUCGCAUCAUGGUCGGCAACGGCAUGCGACCCGCGAUUUGGCAGGAAAUCGUUGACAGGUUUAAAGUGCCACAAAUAAACGAGAUUUAUGGCGCCACAGAAGGCAACGCUAAUAUCAUAAAUGUGGAUAACACAGUCGGUGCAGUGGGUUUCUUACCAAAGUUGGUGCCCACAAGUCUGCACCCUAUCGCCCUGGUGCGCACCGAUGAGCAAGGCUCUUUAGUGCGAGGACCUAAUGGAUACUGCAUUCGCUGUUUGCCAAACGAGCCCGGCAUGUUCAUCGGUUUAAUCGCACAGGGGAAUGCCUCCAGAGAGUACUACGGAUAUGUUGACAAGAGCGACAGUAACAAGAAGCUGGUCCGCGACGUGUUCUGCAAGGGUGACGCGGCAUUCGUGAGCGGAGAUAUCCUGGUGGCGGACGAGCUGGGAUAUCUCUUCUUCAGAGACCGCACCGGAGACACGUACAAGUGGAAGGGAGAGAAUGUAGCCACCGCCGAAGUUGAAGAUGCUGUGGGGGCCGCGCUUGGGCAACGGGCUUGCGUCGUCUACGGUGUUUCAAUCCCACUAACUGAGGGCCGCGCGGGAAUGGCAGCCAUCGCGGACCCAACGCGCUCGCUCGAACUACGGCGGCUGGCUCGCGAUUUGGACGACUCGCUGCCGUCGUAUGCGCGCCCGCUGUUCCUGCGGCUCAUGAACGACAUCGAAAUUACAAGUACAUUCAAACUUAAGAAACUUCAUUACCAAAAGGAGGGAUUCGAUCCGGAUGUGAUCAAGGAGCCGCUGUACUUCCGCUCGGGGGAUGACUUCGUGCCCAUCACUUCACAACUCUUCAACGAUAUUUGUAACGGAAGGGUCAAGCUAUAAGCCACACCUGGCGACACUGUCAACUGUCCCGGCACCGCAAUGUCACUUGUGUACGAUCGUACAGUCAGCUUCAUAUAGACUAUAGCAGUAGUCAACGGUGGUCAAAAACUAUAGCAGUAGUCAACGGUGGUCAAAAUUAUUAUGAAUGUCACAAGUUCAAUUUUGUGUAUGUGGUCGGAAGACGACUUAUUUUAUUACCAAACAAAAUAUUAAGUGCUCUUUCUUUUUUAUGUAACUGGUGAUUUUUGAUCUGAAGAAGUAGCUAUAUUAUUCGUUACCUUCGAUAAUUUUAAAUUAUUUAAUCCUAUGAAAUACAACAAAAGACCUCUCUGUUACCUAAUUUAUGAAGCUAACUGUACCAAACAUUUCAUAUGCGUUAUAUACAUUUUCCACAAGAGAUAUCGUAAUUCCGUACGCAAAUAUUAUUUCACAAUAUUAUAAUCUCAAAUUCUUUGUAUGGUAUCAUGCCUCCUUAAGAAUCCGAUCAGUCAAACCAAUAAGCAUUUAUCUAUAUACGUAUCUACAAUGACAUUUUUAAAAAUUAAUGAAGGCGGAGGUCCCUUUAGUCAAAUUGAGAUACCAAAGAUACAAUUAAAAUGAGAGAAAUACUGCCCCUGUGGCGUUAAGAUAAGUAAGUUAAUACCUAUAUAUAUUGGCUAUUGAAUUGAAGAAAAACACAUGACGCUAAUAUGUAUUAAGCAAAAUUACAUAUACAAAUAAUGGUAGCAAAGGUCUGGGACCCGAAUACAACGGCAUGUAAAAUAUUAUUUAUACUGUUAUUAAACAUACUAGGUAAUUGAAAUUCGAUUGUCGAAAAAUCGCAGUUUCACUUUACUAAAACAAAUUUGAAACAUUUGUGUUGUGAUAUUUGUAUGUUAUUAUUUUAUGUACAUUGCAAGUUAUUAGCAUAAUAUCCUAAAUAACUCGUUUACGAGUUGGUAGUAAAUUAUACAUAAUUACAUCACGAACUGUAGAAAAAUACAAUAUCUGCACUGCUUAAAAUAUUAUACCUAUUCAAUUAUUGAUAUAUUAAAAAAUUAGAUCAAUAUUAUUCAUGCCUACGUGAAAUCUAUAUAAUUUUGAUUAAAUCAAUCUGAUUAGGAGAUAAUACCUAAUUGGUGUACGUUUGUCAUAUUGGUGCGGGGUAAAUAAUAAAGGUUGCAGGGUAGAGAAGGUUUACUACAGUAGAUAUGGCGUCGAUGUUAUGACAAUAGAUGUACGAAAUGUCCGCAUUCAUAGUUAAUAUCUAGCAGCUUCUCGAUAGUAUAAGUACUUCAUUAAUUUACUGAACAGUUAUCAUCUCACUGGUAUUGUACGGUUAGUUUUAAAUUUGGGCGCCAAUUUGAACAUUAAAGCAAUAAUAAUUCAAUUAUAUACCUACAUAUAAUGAACAAAAUAUCUCAAAUACUAUAUUAUGUAGAUAAAUUUAUAGUAGAUAGACAACAUUCCACCAUCUAGUCGUGUAAGAUUUGUUUUCUGUCUUCGCUGUGCACUACGAUUAUGUUUUAAGUUGUUCUUGUUGAGUUGAGUUCCUAUUGUGAAUAUUUUCUGUGAAGUGGUAUUAGUUUUAGGCACUUCUUUUGCAUGGAACCUAUUAGUCUAGGUGGCGCCCUCUAUUUAUAUGGCUGUGUCAAAUGUAUGUAUACAGUUUAUAGAGUUAGUAAUCGCUUGUAGAAGGUAAUAAUUAUAUUAUAUAUCAGGCGGUUCCACAAGCACAUGUAUGGGUUCCAAUAAUAAUACCAAUCCCUUUCUACUCAAGUCUUUAGACAAUAAAUGUCAUAGAUUACUUAGUAGCAGGAUUUUAUACACUUUUACAUCCAUUGCUAAAGUGUAUAAGAUUCAUGUUUUAAAACACGGGAAUAUUAAAGAUGAACAUAUAUAUUUGAUAGAAUUCUAGUGUAAUAAUAUUAAAUCAUUUGAUGCAAUAUAAUAAAACACGAUGGCGUCACGUAGCCUAUAACCAGCGCCUUAACUCAUUGGUAACGUUAACAACGAUACUCUCAGAUCUUUGUAUCAAUGAAUUGACAUCGCAAAUAAGGUGAAGGUGAUUCCAUUUAGAUUUGUGCCUUGUAACGAAACCUGUUGCACUAUAGACUAGGUACAUAGUACGCAGUUGAAAAUUGCUCCUGAAAAUUAUAAAUUAUACUGAUGUAAGUUGUAAAUAAA